AUGGGCGGCGGUCGCUCGCCAGACCGAGGCAGCAGCAGUGGGAGCGUCACCGAACGGACCGACCGGCUCACCGCCGCCUACGCCUGGCAGGAGCCGCAGGUCGUCGAGGAGCCCGACUUUGAUCCCUCCAUCGACGCGCCGUUUCUCGAGGAUGUGCCACACUCGCCCACGAUAGUGAGCCCAUACGGCGAGCACGGUGGUCGCUGCGGAUACUGUAACAAGUCUGCUACGGGCCGCAUUUCCUGGGGAAUGACAGCAAUCAAGGUGCGCAUAGACGACUACGAAGCGAUGCAGGACCUGGGCUGGACGCGCUCGGGCACCUGGAUUCCGCAGUAUGUGAUUCGGCUCGACGUGGCCAAGUUCGUGGCGUCAAAGGAGCAAAAGCACGUGCUCGCCAAGAUGGAGCGAUUCCUGAGCGACAUCAACAACACGCCCGAGAACUUUCGUCACCACCAGCAGCAGCACGGGCGCACUGACGCCAACGCCAAAGACGAACACGAACGCGGGCGCGAAAGUGAAGGCGAAAGCGAAGAUGAGGUCGACGAGACGUCGGUGACCGCUACGCAGCCCGAGAGCGUCGAGCCGCAGCUGAAGGACAACGACGAUGCGCUGAAGAAGGCGCUCCUGGCGGACAUCGUGCGCAAGGCGGUGCGACGAUGCGUCGACGCGGGCGAGAUUCCGGCGGUGAGCGGCGGUGAUGACGUCGAAGUGGCGAUUUCCGCCGCGGCGAGCGAACGCGAGCGGAAGCGGAGGGGCGACUACUCGAGCAACGUGGCCCUCAAGCUCCUGGCACUGUACAAACACUCUGACGCCGCCAAGAGCGAAGCGAAAGCGACGGAAAGAGCGAAGGACGACGAUGAGGUACCGCGAGAGGAAUGCGUCGAGGCGAGCGGCAGCGGUGGCGAUGGCGAUGGCGCCGGCCAUGACCGGAGUCAGGUCGUGAAGAAGCCCGGGAAGGAAAACACGAAAGAGAAAAAGAACGAAACGCGAAGGGCCGACGCCGGCCGAGCGAACGAAAUAGCUGUGAAGCUGCUGGCGCACGUCGAGCGCGUCUUGGUGGAAGAAGAGUCAGCGGCCGGGGUGAAGCAACUCUUUGGCGACGAGGGCGUGCGUGUGGUCGUGGCCGGCCCAUGGAUCAACUUCUUCGCCCAGUCGACCCGUGCGCAGCACCAGCAGCGAUCGGCUCAGGGCACGCGCGGCUCAAGGAAGGCAAAGAAGCAGCAAAGUGAGCCCGACGCCCCAAGCCACGGCCCGCCGAUCCCGCACCAAUUCGAGAUGGAAAUCAGGCCGUCCCAAUACACCGAGGAGUCCUACCUGCUGUACCGCAAAUACACGAUGCAGAUCCACGCCAAGGAGGAGGCGAGCGAGAAGAGCUACACCGACUUCCUCUGCAGCACGCCUCUGUUCGACGACCCCCAGGGGCGCGAAGACGAGGCCCUGCCCCCUUCCGGAGGCUACGGCUCGUUCCACCAGUACUACCGUCUGGACGGGAAGCUCAUCGCCGUCGGCGUGCUCGACGUCCUUCACUCGUGCCUCACGUCGGUGUACUUCUUCUACGAUCCCGAUUACGCGUUCCUGUCCCUCGGCGUCUACUCUGCGCUGAAGGAGAUCGAGUGGGUGCAGCAGACCAGCCUCGCCAUCCCGCGCUUCAAGUACUACUACAUGGCGUACUACAUCUACGACUGCCCAAAGAUGAACUACAAGGCUAAGUAUCGGCCGUCUGACCUGAUGUGUCCGUUCUACCGAGAGUGGGUGCCCCUUGAAGAAUGCAUUCCUCGCUUUCAGGCGUCGGCUGGGCGCUUCACGGCGUUAGUCGAGCGGGAGGAGCCACCACCGCAAGCCGAGCGCCUCCCCAUCGACUACGUGCCUGUGCUCUACGAGGACUGCCUCGUCGGCUUCAGCCAAAUAGGGGGCAGGUUGCGAGCGCGCGUGCAGCCGCUGGUGGAACAGUGGUGUGCCCUCGUCACGGCCGACAUCGCGUCUCGCGUGGUCCUCUCCAUCCGGCGGCGCUAG